AAAUAAUUAAAUAAUGUGAAAGAGAGCAGAGAAGACUGAAGGGAGUUUAAUCCCAUACUUCCUUUCUUUCUCCCAUAAAGCCUUAUAUUGAUGAUGAUCAGUAACAUAGCUCUAUAAAAGCCCUACCCAUAUGUCUAUAUCAAUUAUCAACUCAAUUAAUACAGAAUCAUUAUACAAAAACCUAUGACGGAACACUCACCACUAACCCCCAAAACCAAGCUUCAUGGCAAGGUGGCUGUCGUCACCGGUGGAGCCAGCGGCAUCGGAGAAGCCACGGCUCGAAAGUUCGCUGCUGAUGGAGCACGCGCCGUCGUUAUUGCAGAUAUCCAAGACGAGAAAGGCCAAAACGUGGCCGCAUCAAUCGGCCUGGAACGCUCCACCUACGUCCACUGCGACGUGACCGACGAGGCUCAAGUCGCAGCCCUCAUCGACUCAACGGUCCAAAAGUACGGUCAAGUCGACGUGAUGUUCAGCAACGCCGGGGUGCCUUGCGAGUCGGAUCAGACGAUUCUGGAUUUGGAUCUGGUGGCGUACGAUAAGGUGUUUGCGGUGAACGCGAGGGGGAUGGCGGCGUGUGUGAAGCACGCGGCGAGGGCGAUGGUGGAGGGUGGAGUGAGGGGGAGCGUGAUAUGCACGGCGAGCAAUCUGGCGAGUAUAGGAACUGAGAAGUACACGGACUACACUAUGUCGAAGCACGCCGUUUUGGGGCUGGUGAGGUCAGCGAGUCUUCAGCUGGGGGCGCGUGGAAUUCGCGUGAACGCGGUUUCGCCGGGGCCGUUGAGGACGCCUUUGCUGAAAGCGUUUAUAGAUGUGAGUGAGGAGGAGCAGGAUAAGAUGAUUGAGGCUUCGUUAUCGCUGAAGAAUGGAAGGACUCCGUCGGUGGAGAACGUGGCUGAUGCGGUGUCGUUUUUGGCUUCAGAUGAGUCUGAGUUUAUCACUGGCCAUAAUCUUGCCGUCGACGGUGGUUAUAUUCAUCAUCCACCCUAAGAUUAUUCUAUUACUGCUAGUUUAGUAAGUAAAUAAAUAAAAAUGUGUGUUUAUUGUCUUCAGUUUCACUUCAUAUUUGGCAUUGCAGAUUUUAAUAAUUUUUUUGA